AUGGCAUCCUAUCUCCAGAAGCUGCGUCGACAGUCCAAACAUCUGAUACCCCAAACCGAACCCAAGUCUGCAGAGACCAAGGUCCAAGAUGCAACCCGAACCGACGAGACUGCUGUUGGACCCAGCGCAACAGUCCCACCUGAGCCAACCGUCACAGAACCCACCGAAGAAGCAGGCGCCGAACCUGUCCUGGAUGCAGAGGACCAGAAGUUUUUGGAACGUUUGGCUGCCAUAGCAGAUGAGCCCGAAGGCCCCGCACCUCCGCUGCCAACACGUCCUACACAGCCCACCGAAGUCAUAGACAGCAGCGGGCAGAAGCAAGUCGGUCGCGAUGCCCAGGAAGCUCUGAUGGAUGGCGCAGAUAAAGUUGCACUUCCCACGAGCCCACCAGAGACAGCUGCUGACGAUGGUGUCAAGGGCAAAGGGAAGGGAAAGGGCGUCAUGUCAUACUUCUCCAACAAGUUUGGCAAGAAGGACGAGAAGGCUUGGACUAAGAUGGGCAUCGAUAAGAAGCAGCCUGUUAUCACAGCCAAGGACAAAUCACAGUUUGCAGACGAUCUCCAAGCUGCUGCUGAGGCAUCCCGAAAUGCCAGCCUUACAGAGAAGCAAAAGGAAGACAGGGAACUUACCGAUGUUCUCGACCAGCUGAACCUCUCUGCAGUCAAUAACCGCGUCUUCUCCUUCAGCAAGGAGUCGGAGGAGCUGCUCAAUAAGUUCACUCAAGUCCUCAAAGACCUUGUCAAUGGUGUUCCAACAGCAUACAACGACCUUGAAAAGCUCUUCACAGACUACGACAACCAGCUGAAGAAGAUGUAUGGCAGUCUCCCGCCCUUCCUCCAGAACCUCGUCAAGAGCUUGCCUGCUAAGCUCACAGCGACCUUGGGUCCUGAAAUCCUGGCCGCUUCAGCAGAGAAGCCUGGCUAUGAUGCAAAGACAGCAGGUAACGGCACCAAGUCGAAGAAAUCCAGGAUCCCAUCCAUCCCGACUCUGAAGUCUCUCGUAACGGCGCAAGGCGCUGUUGCGACUGCACUCAGAAGCAUUGUUAGCUUCUUGAAACUCCGCUUCCCAGCUUUGGCAAUGGGGACCAACGUUGUCAUGAGCUUGGCUGUGUUUGUUCUUCUGUUCGUAUUCUGGUACUGCCAUAAGCGUGGCCGCGAAACUCGUCUCGAGAAGGAACGCUUAGCCGCUGAAGACAGCCAACCUGGUGGCAGCAGCGCUUCCUCCAUCAAUGAUGAGGCCGAUUCUAUCUUUGGUGAUAAGCCCAAGGGGAAUGGCGGGGAUGCAGACUUACCUAAGCCUCCGCUGGUCAUUUCAGAUGACGAGGAUACGAACGGGUCAUCUGCAUCUGCUGCAGAUUUACCCAGCGUUUCUCAUCUGCCCGAUCCAAAGGAUGGACAAGUUCCCGUUCCCGCGACACCAGCACAGCAGAAGUAA